ACCGUCUCCCCUUCUCCUUCAACACGCUGCUGCGUUCUUUCUUUCUCUUCGCCUCAAAUUCUCCGGCCGGUCAUCUCAGCCAUAUGGACGUCGUGGUUGGCUCGAUCGCAGGCAAGACGGAUCUCAUCACCCUCGAUCUCCUUGGCGCCAAAUCCGCGCCCAAAGAUCUCGAUCCUGCUGAUCUAAAGGUUGCGCCUUUCGCGGAUAUUCAUAAGUUGGACCUCAAUCUGGCCCCCGCCGGCGCCCUGAAUGACGCGGCGGGGCUGAUCCCCGGGUGUCAGAGCGUGUGCACCAUCGAGAAGGUGAAGUGGGCGCUCGAGCAGGCGGCGGAGCGGGAGACGCGCGGGGGCAGGGAAUCGGAGCAGAGGCAGCGGAGGGACGCCGCGUCGGACGUCGACGGCGGAUCUCCAUCGUCGUCUUCGUCGUCGUCGGUCACGGUGGCGUCGGUCAAGCGCCGCGCCGAGUGCGCUCCCGAGGGAGCGGAUGAUGGACGGGCGGACGGAGGCGACUCCGCCGGGGGAGGCGGCGGCAGUCUCGUGGCGGUCGGUUGCACCAGCUGCCUCUCGUACGUGCUGAUCUCGAAGGGGGACCCGCGCUGCCCUCGAUGCGACGGCCGGAUCGCUCCCAACUCUCUGCCGGCGGCGUUGUCGGCGGCGCUGGCUCUGCCGCAGUCCAAAAAACCACGAAUCGACCUUAACUUUUCCCUUUAGGUCCCUGUAAUAUUUCCAUAUCAUGUAAUACGCUCUUCUCUACUUUAUAAAAACACACAAAGUUUCGAUUUUAAUAAAUUUUAAAGUAUUUUAAUAUAA